AUGGCGACUCAGAGUAUAGAGGAGGAUUGUGAAACCAAUGGAAACCCAGCUGUUGAUGAAGAACCUGAAAGCAAGGACAUCCCUAAUUCUUCACCUGGUUCAGAAGCCCACUCAAGAGAGGGUCUAGUGAGACAAGAUGAUCAAAAUGUGAUACAAGACCAGAGCCAACCUGCAGCCAGUGAGGAAGAUAACACCAACCUCCUCAGUCUACCCUUCCCCAGGAAGCUCUGGGCCAUUGUGCAGAAUGAUGCAUUCAAGUCUGUGAACUGGACUAAGGAUGGAGACAGCAUACUGAUUGAGGUAGACCUUUUCCAGAGAGAGGUCCUCCACCUCAAGGGAGCAAAGAAGAUUUUUGAAACAGACAGCUUAAAGAGUUUCAUUCGACAGCUCAACUUGUAUGGGUUCAGGAAGAUAAGCAGUGAGACCUCUGUAGCUUCCUCUGGAGAGAACAAGAAAAUAAUGAUAUACCGCAACUUCAACUUUCAAAGAGAUAAGCCUGGACUGUUUAAGUAUAUCUGGGGAAAAGAAGACCUAGGCAAUCUUGCCAAACAAGCUACCUGUGUGCCCAUUCCACUUAGCCCUUCUCAAGGGCCAAUUUCAAAAAAAAAGAAGAUGUCACCAACCAGAUAUUCUCCACGAUUCUAUUGUAAACCAGAGGAAGAUGGUGUAGAGUCCGGGAAGAAGAACUCCAAUAACCAGGCACACAAAGGAAAUCACAGCUUUGUAUUCUCUUCUGUGUGGGCUAUGAAAGCUAUUCCUGGAUAUUACCUACAAAAUCAGCCCUCUGGGGAGCCCAGUAACACAACUGUGGAAGACACCUCUCACAAUAUACGUAUGCCUCCAACUGCUCCUGGAGUCCAAGGCACAGAAGUACCCAGUGCCAGCUCACCAGGGCACCGCAUUUUGCAUUCUAUGAUGUCUCUCUAUAAUGAUUGUUGUUCUGCCAUAUUUUCUGCCCUCUCACAAAGGCCAAUGAAUGAAUCCCCUAUUGAAGAAGAGCAGGAAGGCUCCUCAGAUUACAAGCGUGUAAUCUGUGAACCCAUAAAGAAUAAUCCUCACUUAUGA